AUGGUAGCGCGUCAAGAUGAAGAGACUCUUCUUCUCCAACGGCCAGACCAGAGGAUUUCCCGAACUUCCCCUCUGCCUUGGGAUCAGUUCUGGAUCAUAUUAUUCUUACAGUUUUCCGAUUCGCUUGUUUUUCAGACCCUUGCCCCAUUUGCCCCUCAACUGAUCAGGGACAUCGGCGUGACAAACGGAGACGAAUCCCGGGUUGGACACUAUGUUGGCAUCCUGCAAUCAUCGUAUUAUACGGCUCAAGCAUUGACUAUCCUCCAUUGGAGCCAAUUAUCUGAUCACAUUGGGCGGAAGCCUGUGAUACUGACCGCUCUAUUCGCGAUAUCAAUUUCGUUGUUCUCCUUUGGGCUGUCGAAAAAUUUUGUCGGUCUGGUGAUCAGCCGUGCUUUCUGUGGGGCCUUCAAUGGGAGCAAUGGGGUCAUCAAAAGCAUGGUAAUGGACAUCACUGACACAACCAACUUGCCGAAGGCGUACGGCUAUAUGCCGCUCCCAUGGAUGUUGGGAACCUUAGUUGGACCACUCAUUGGUGGAUCGCUCUCCCGACCCGCAGAUAGGUUCCCUGAGAUUUUUGGGCGAUCGAAACUCCUGAAGAUCUACCCAUACCUCUUACCAUGUGCUAUUCCAGCUAUAUUUGCCCUGGUGGCUUGGUUGGUCACGUAUUCCCGUUUCAAAGAGGUGAGAAAGAUUUUCUUAAGACCAUGUCUGGAUAACACUAAGUACGGUAACGAGAGUGUUUCAACAAGGGCGCCACUUUGGGAGCUGAUUAAAGGAUGGCUCCUGCGAAAAUCAUACGCAAAACCUUUUCCGCCAUCAAGAAAUGGUUUGGCCAUUUCUGCAAACUCUGAAAUAGUACCAUCAAAGCCGUUGCCACUGUGCGCCUUGCUGACUCCAAAGGUCCUGACUGUGACAGCAAGUUAUGUCACUAUGUCAUUAUUCUAUGCGGCAUUUAAUUUGGUCCUACCUAUUUUUUUCUCGACGCCGAUCGAACUAGGUGGUCUUUCGCUCGACCCUCCCCAAAUCGGUGCUAUACUUGCGAUAUCAGGUGUUGCCCAUGGCGUAUUCCAGCUACUUUUCUAUGCGCAGCUACACGAGCGCCUCGGCGCAAGAGCCAUGAAUAUUGCUGGCGUUGUCUCCGGCGUACCUAUCACCAUUUUAUUCCCAGUGACCAAUGGGCUCGCUCGGGUCCAUGGUAUGGGUUGGACGGUGUGGCUGUCCGUUGGUGUUCAACUUUCUCUGUUAACUAGUUUGGUCAUGUGCUAUCCAUGCUUGACAUUGUUUAUCAGAGCCGCCGCUCCCAAUCGCGCAUCGCUUGGAGCAACCAAUGGAAUUAUCCAGCUGGUUGUAACAGGUGCAAAGAUCAUUGGCCCAGCAUCUGCAGCUUCGGUCUUCUCUUAUUCGCUACAAGAAGGCCAUGACGCAUGGUUGAUAUAUUACUACUUGAUGGCAAUUGCAUUUCUCGCCGUAGGUACUUCUCUGUUACUUCCUCAUGAUCCUAGUCUAUGGGAAGAUCAACAAUAG